UCAGUUUCUGUUCCAGAUGAUCGGGCCGAGCAACGAACCUGCCUCAUUUGUGGGGACCGCGCCACAGGCUUGCACUAUGGAAUCAUCUCCUGUGAGGGCUGCAAAGGGUUUUUCAAGAGGAGCAUUUGCAACAAGCGGGUAUAUCGAUGCAGUCGCGACAAGAACUGUGUCAUGUCUCGGAAGCAGAGGAACAGGUGCCAGUAUUGCCGCCUUCUCAAAUGCCUCCAGAUGGGGAUGAAUCGGAAGGCAAUUAGAGAAGAUGGCAUGCCUGGAGGCAGGAAUAAGAGCAUUGGGCCAGUCCAGAUAUCAGAGGAAGAGAUCGAAAGGAUCAUGUCUGGGCAGGAAUUUAAGGAGGAGGCCAAUCACUGGAGCAACCAUGGCGACAGCGACCACAGUUCUCCUGGGAACAGAGCUUCAGAGAGCAACCAGCCGUCUCCGGGCUCCACACUGUCGUCCAGGUCUGUGGAACUAAAUGGAUUCAUGGCAUUCAGGGAGCAGUACAUGGGCAUGUCUGUACCUCCACACUAUCAGUAUAUACCGCACCUUUUUAGCUAUUCUGCCCACUCGCCGCUGCUGCCCCCGCAAGCUCGAAGUCUGGAUCCCCAAUCCUACAGUCUGAUUCACCAGCUGGUAUCAGCAGAGGAUCUGGAGCCCCUGGGUACACCUAUGUUGAUCGAAGAUGGAUAUGCUGUGACCCAGGCAGAACUGUUUGCCCUGCUCUGCCGCCUAGCUGAUGAGCUGCUCUUUAGGCAAAUUGCCUGGAUCAAGAAACUGCCUUUCUUCUGUGAGCUCUCAAUCAAAGAUUACACGUGCCUCUUGAGCUCUACGUGGCAGGAAUUAAUCCUGCUGUCCUCCCUCACUGUCUAUAGCAAGCAGAUCUUUGGGGAGCUGGCUGAUGUCACCGCCAAAUACUCACCUUCGGAUGAGGAGCUGCAUCGAUUUAGUGAUGAAGGGAUGGAGGUGAUCGAGCGGCUCAUCUACCUGUAUCACAAGUUCCAUCAGCUGAAGGUCAGCAAUGAGGAGUAUGCUUGCAUGAAAGCAAUUAACUUCCUCAAUCAAGAUAUCAGGGGUUUGACCAGUGCUUCACAGCUGGAACAGUUGAACAAGCGUUAUUGGUACAUUUGCCAGGAUUUCACCGAAUAUAAAUACACACAUCAGCCCAACCGCUUUCCUGACCUCAUGAUGUGCUUGCCUGAGAUCCGAUACAUUGCAGGAAAGAUGGUGAACGUGCCCCUGGAGCAGCUGCCCCUCCUCUUCAAGGUGGUGCUGCACUCCUGCAAGACCAGUGUCGGCAAGGAAUAAGCCGAGCUCCGCCCUGCUCUGCCACUGCCGCCGCGCCGUGCCAUGAGGGCCAGGACGGGCUCCAGGAGGAAGAGCCCGGCCGGGCCACGACGGAGGCUGUGUCACUGCGUUCCCCGGUUGCUUCCAGAGCAAGAAGCGUUUUUGUUUGUUUGUUUUUUUAACCUCAUUUUUCUAUAUAUUUAUUUCACGACAGAG